CCGAAUGCAACUCGAUUCCUUCUUCUCCUAGAACUGAUAGAACAGCCGUAUUUGACCGAGCGGUCUUUGUUGCGGUGGUUCCGGUCUGAACGACACUGACGCAUUGACAUUAAUGGAAGGUCAAGAGGAAAUACGAAGCAUUAGCAGAUAAAAGUUAACUGAUCUUUCCAUUUGCGGACGCUAUAGGUUAACUAGUCUGUUAUCAUCAACGCUAUGCUUUUUACGAUCACGAGAACCAUCUAAAAUUAGUUCCGGCUCAAAUACGAGGUUUUGAAACCAGGAACUGGGUCCGACCGUUCUAGCCGAUUUCAUCGAACUACAAAAUGUUUCCCCUUUACUUUCGUGAUUCUUGACCUGCCAAGACUUCUCGACUUACAGAAGUCUGUAUCUGGAUAUUCUUCAUGAAAUCAGCGCGUUGCUGCGAGUUCAUAUCACAAUGCACUGUUACACAGCAUUUGUCGCGCUUCUGAGCGCGCAGAUCGUCGGUGCCCUUCCUCAAUCGCAAUGGAAAGCCGUGUCUGGAGACGAAGUGGUUCGCGCUGCUGUCGCGUUCCAUCAGCCUAAGCUUGCUGAAGCUGAAGCUUUGUUGAUGGAUAUCUCGGAUCCUAGUUCAGAGAAGUUUGGGCACUAUCUUGAGCUCAGGGAAGUCCAAGACUUCUUUAAACCCAGCGAGGGUUCACAGCGAAAGGUUCUGCGCUGGCUUGAGGAUGCAGGUAUCGACUUAUCCUCAGUGCAUCUUAAGAAGGCAGCUGCUGUCCUAGAGUUCUCAGCUCCAGUCAAGCAGCUUGGGAAGAUGCUCGGAGCUGGCGUUCAUGUUAUGCACAACGAUGCGACUGGUGAACUUCGCCUCGAACCUACCGACCACGCAGUUCCAUCUGCGAUUGAAGACGAUGUUGAGUUCAUUGCUUUGGCCCCAUCUCAGAAGACUGGCAAGACCAAGCGCAGCCAUGCAGUUAAACCCGUCAUCGAUACCCUGCCACCGCCAUACAAGCUCCCAGUAGCAGAUGAUCUGCGCAAUUGUAGCGAAAGCUGGACUCCAGCUUGUAUCCGAAAGCUCUACGGCGUUCCUCUUGGAACUAAGGCAGCUAAGAAUAACUCCAUGGGUCUAUUUGGAUAUGGUGACCCGUAUCAGCCAGCUGAUCUCAACCAAUUCUGGGCAAAGCACGCUCCAUUCAUCCCCAAGGGAACAAAACCUAAAGUCAAGAGCAUCAAUGGUGCCGUGGCAGAAGGUGAGCCCGUCGAAGGCGAAGAGUUACUCGACAUCGAAAUGUCGUAUCCAAUCGUUUACCCCCAGACCGUUACCAUGUUCCAGACCCCCUAUAGCAACAAAGGAGGUAUUGCAAAUGACUUUCUCGACGCUGUUGACGCAAGCUACUGCAAGUAUGAUGGAGGCGAUGAUCCUGAUCUUGAUCCUACAUUCCCUGUCUUUGGUGGCUUCCAAGGCCCUGCUAUGUGCGGCAAGUACCAGGUUACAAACGUCGUUUCAAUCUCCUUCGCAAUUGAUGAACAAACUCUACCUCGUCGUUACAUCCAACGUCAGUGUCACGAGUGGAUGAAGUUGGCUCUCAGUGGUGUCAGUGUUCUUGUGGCUUCUGGAGAUCGUGGUGUUCAAGGUGCUACGCAGUGUACCGUGAACCCUUACGAUAAGAAGAAGGAAGCUUUCAACUCUCUCUUCCCUGGAUCUUGUCCAUAUGUGACAGCAGUUGGAGCGACACAAGUCAACUUUACGGGCAGCAGAACCAACGAAGUUGCUGUUUAUGAUCCCAAGCACAACUUUUACUCCGGAGGUGAGUAUCCUCCUCAGAUCACUAGCUCUUACUGACAUAGCCUAGGCGGUUUCAGUAAUAUGAAUGCACAGCCAGCCUACCAGCGCAAAGCUGUCGCUAGCUAUCUCGCCGCUAACAGCCCUCACUACCCCAAGGGAACAUACAACAUUUCGGGACGCGCUAUUCCUGAUGUCGCGCUUCUGGGAGCAAAUGUCACUCUCCUCCAGGAUGGCAAGACCACUAUCAGUGGAGGAACCAGCGCUGCUGCUCCCAUGUUUGCUGCUAUGAUUAACAGAAUCAAUGAUGAGCGAUUGCUGGCGGGAAAGAAACCAAUUGGCUUCUUGAACCAGAUUCUGUAUCAGCAUCCUGAAGUUUUCACUGAUAUCACUGAAGGAUCUAAUCCUGGUUGCGGCACGGCAGGGUUCAAGGCGGCCAAGGGAUGGGAUCCAGUCUCGGGAAUGGGUUCACCCAAGUUUCCCAAGCUUCGAGACUUGCUAGUCAGCCUCCCAUGAGCUUAGAAUAGUAUAAAUUGCAUUAGAUAUAGAUGUUAUAAUCAGAGCUUGUGAUCUUUUUCUCAU